UUGUGACGAGAUGACACCUACGACCUUUGUUUUAUUAUAUUUUUUAAUCGCAUCGGCCUCUGCUGACCCCGGGCCGGUGGUCAAUAUAGCUGAUGGCGUGAUACAGGGUGUUUGGAAGACGUCCACCAAAGGGCGGACAUUUGCCAGCUUCUUUGGAAUCCCUUAUGCACAACCACCUAUAAAUGAAAAUAGAUUUAAGGAUCCGCAACAACCUACCCCGUGGAGUGGAGUACGGGAUGCUACACAAGGACCCCCCAACUGCUUGCAGUACGAACCUUCUGUAAGAAAUGUUACCGGCAAUGAAGAUUGUUUAUAUGUUAAUGUAUAUACACCAAAUCUAAACCCAGGGAAGCCAAUGCCCGUGAUGGUAUUUAUACAUGGAGGCGCGUAUAUGUAUGGCAAUGGGUUCCAUUAUGGACCCUUUUUUCUAAUGGACAAAGAUUUGGUGGUCGUCACCAUUCAGUACAGGCUUGGACCUUUAGGUUUUUUGAGUACGGGCGACAGUGUACUACCUGGAAAUUUAGGUUUGAAAGACCAAGCGUUCGCUUUGCACUGGAUUAAAAAAAAUAUUGCCGCUUUUGGCGGGAACCCUGAGAACGUCACGCUGACUGGGCACUCCGCUGGUGCGUCGAGUGUUCACUACCAUCUACUAUCUCCUUUGUCUAGAGGUACCUUCGCAAAUGCUAUAGCUUACAGCGGCUCGGCCUUUGCACCGUGGGCCUUCUCAGGGAAAUUGGUAGAGAAAUCGAAGAUCUUAGCAUCAUUGGUUGGCUGCCCAACAAAUAGUAGCCAGGCAAUGGUCGAUUGUUUAACUGAUAAACCUGGUGAGGAACUCGCCAGCGCACAAGUUCAUUUCAUGGGUUGGAAGAUUCAACUAUUUACUGAAUUCGGUCCAACGAUAGAACCUAGGGAUUCUAAGAACCCUUUCCUAAAGCAGCAUCCGUUCGAAGCUACAAGAUCUGGGGAUAUUUCGAGAGUUCCUCUCAUCACUUCUGUGACUUCUGAAGAAGGGUUGUACCCUGCUGCGGCAUACCUCAACCCGGAUCUUCUACCAGAGUUAGAGGCACAUUGGGAUACUCUAGCUGCCACUAUCUUCCAAUAUAACGACACAAUACCUGAAGAGCAACACGCGACUGUUUCAGCUAAGAUAAAAAAGUACUAUCUCGAUGGUAAACCAGUCAGUCAGGAAACUUAUCCGCAACUUGUUCAGGCACUCAGCGAUCGCCUGUUCUCGGUGGACGUUGGCAAACUUGCUGAUACGUAUGCGAGAGCAUCGCAGCAGCCCGUCUACCUGUACAGAUACAGCUUCCGGGGAGAGAAGAGCUUUACUACAUUCCUGACACACAACUAUAAUAACUACGGAGUAUCUCAUGCUGACGAUUUGUUCCACAUUUUCCACGUUGGUCCGAUGCACGGAACGACGUCUGAUGAUCUCCAAAUGAAUGAAAUCAUGCUUGAUAUGCUAUACAGCUUCGCUAGUACAGGAGUACCAAAAGUGUCUGACAAUGUUACUUGGCUACCGGUGAACGUGGAUUCUGCAGAUCUUAACUAUUUAGAUAUAUCUUCACCACGUAAAAUGGAAAUGAGGAACAGCUCCGAUUUUGGACACAAAUCAUUCUGGGAUAGUCUCGGAUUCAUUGAAAAUGAUCAAUAUAACAUACCUUAAGAUGAUG